AUGUGGUUGAAAUUUCUAAUUUUAUGCGCAAUAUUCAAUUUUGGAACCAGUGAAGAUGCAUCUCAUGUCGAGACAACAACAGUAUCUAAACUUACUGAGGGCGAAGAAAAGAUGAGUGACUACAUUCUCCAGGUUUUAGAGCACUUUAAGAAACCGAGCCCAGUUGGAAUACCUGGUGCUAAAAUUCCAGAACCAUAUUACGUACCAGACAUGAAACAUUCACUUUCUGUUGGAACUAUGUUCUUUAAAAACACCGCUGUGUAUGGAAUUAGCAAAUUUCGCAUUUUGCACGUAGAAGUUGAAAUUGGAGCCAUGGAGGUACAUGCAGCACUAGCCAUCGAUAACUUACAAGCUCGUGGCAACUAUACCAUGACAACGUGGCUGAGCAAGGUUCAAGGACCUUUCACUGUAGACGUCACAGGAAUUAAAAUAACAGCAAAAGCAAACAUCGGCGUAGAGAGAGAUGGAAAAUUAAGAACUCAAGAUAUCAAUAUUGACAUAGAGUUUAGCACCAUAGCAAUGAACUUCCAAAAUGCAGGCUUUUUUGGAGGAAUGUUACAAGGAGUCGUCAAUUCUUUGGGCCCUGUUCUUUUUGACUCGAUUAAACCAUAUAUACUAAAAGAAGCCUAUACAAAAGCUAGAGAAGAGGUUAACAAGAAACUCGACGAGGUAGCUGGGGACAUGCAAUUUCCAAAUUCAAUAUCUCCGUUAGAUAUGGUCAUAGCGGACGCUAGGAAAAAGGUCAGAGAUUUAGAAAUGGAUCCUUACAAAAUAAAAGAUUAUAAUACCACUGUCAGUAUUUUCACAGUUACUUUAACUCACACAUGGGUAGCAGGAAUAUCAUCGUUCCACAGAGUAGGAAAUAUAUCUUUAAUAAUGGACAAUAAUACCGUCAUAGCCGAUUUUGAAGUCGGAACACAGAGACUCCAGGGUAAUACUCUUUGGGAUAUAUCAGCAAUAAAUGGUCUUUUAUCAAGGGCAGGAAGUGCCUCGUUCUCGGUUGAAUACAUAAGCGGAAGAGUAAUAUUAGCACAACCUCUUGACACUAGAAAGAAACCAGAAUUCAGAGAUUUGAACCUAGAAGUUGGUAACAUACAAGUGCGAUUCGAUGGAGCUGGUACAUUAGACUAUGUAGUUGAAUUUGCAGUUAAUAUACUCCCUAAUCUCCUUCGAUAUCAAAUAAUGGAUGCUUUGGAGACACCUAUAAAAGAGAAGGUUCAACAAGAGUUAGACAAAAUAAAUGUAGAAGAGAUUAUCAAAGACGAACUUCCAAAGGUGGAUCAAAUGCAAGAGGGUGGCUUUAAACUAUCCGCUCUGGUUUCAGAUAAUAAAGAGGAACCGUUCGAUGAAGAUGAUUUUUUCAAUUUUUAA